AUGCCUCGAUCACCGCAGGAGUUUUUGCAGCAUGUUAUUGGUCAGCCUGUGGUUGUCAAGCUCAAUUCUGGAGUAGACUAUCGAGGAAUUUUGGCCUGCUUGGACGGUUAUAUGAAUAUCGCACUGGAGGAGACCAAGGAAUAUGUUGAUGGUGUAGAGAAGCAUGACUACGGUGAUUGUUUUAUUCGAGGAAAUAAUGUACUCUAUAUUGCCGCUCAAAAACAAGCAGCCCAAUAA